AUGACUGAUAGCGAUGUUUCAGAACUGUCUAUAGAGAACCUCUCUCCUCAUGCCUUCAAACUACAUUUGGUAGAUACGAGAACUUCAUUAGUAAAAGCAUGGGACAAAGAAAUCUCCAAGAUCACUUCAGUCAAUUUAACUGAUCCGACUCAAGACUUUAAAGUUGAAACACAUAACACAACAUUUCAGGAACUCCUUAAGAAGGGUGCCUUCCAAUGUGUAGUGUCGCCCGCCAACAGUUUUGGCCUUAUGGAUGGUGGGUUAGACUAUUAUCUCUCCGAAUACUAUGGCGGGUUUGAGGCACUAGUUCCAAUAGUCCAGAAAGAAAUACAAGAUAAAUGGUGUAGUGAACAAAAUGUUGGUACUUGUUUGAUAGUAGAUGUGAAAGAAUUGUCGUCCAGCAUUAAGAAGUAUAAAAAAUUGAAUGCACCAAGAUACAUUGCUCACUGUCCAACAAUGAGAACACCUAAAUCGUUGGAUCCGGGUGAUGAUAUUAUUUAUAGAUGUACUUGGGCAAUGUUAACAGCAGUGAGGUACCAUAAUGCUGUUGUCAAGUCUGAAGAUAAAAAUUCCAAGCACCAAAGAAUUGAUGAGAUUGUGUGUGCUGGAUUUGGCACUGGGGUUGGUGGAUUCCCGGAAGAUAAGUGUGCUGCUCAGAUGGCAUUGGCAAUAAAACACUUUAUUGCUGCUGUCGACAAUAACCAAAAGGUUGCUCAUACUAAUACUGAGAGAAAUGACGGUUGGAGAAAUGGAGUGUUAAUAGGAUGGAGUUAUGCUCGUAAGAUAGAGAGAGCAGUUAAGUCUUUAUUUCGUACAGAUGCUGAAUGA